AUGUCAAAAACUGCACUAUAUUUGGGAUUAGAUUUGAGCACACAACAGUUAAAAGCUGUGAUCAUUGAUGACGAAUGCAAUUUGGUUCUUUCAAUAGCUGUAAACUUUGAUCGAGAUUUAUCGGAAUUCAAAACAAAUGAUGGAGUUCAUCGAUCAGAGAACGGUGAGGUCGUCACUUCUCCGGUCACUCUUUGGCUCGCUGCUAUCGAUAAACUAUUUGAACAACUCGCUGAAACAUUGAAAGAUGAUUUAAAACGAAUAAAAGCUAUUUCUGGAUGUGGACAACAACAUGGCACCGUUUACUGGUCAGCUCUUGCUGAAAAACGACUACAAGAGCUUCGUCCAAAUAAAGUCUUGAAAACAUUAGAGGGAUCUUUUGCCAGAGAAGCGUGCCCAAUUUGGAUGGACUCAAGCACAGGAGUUCAGUGUGAUCGUUUAGAGACAGCUGUAGGAGGGAAAGAGAAUUUGGCUGCUAUCACCGGUUCUCGAGCUUAUCACCGUUUCAGUGGAAGCCAGAUAGCAAAAAUUGCCGAAGACGAAGCUGAGGUUUAUGAAAAGACUACGAAAAUUUCAUUGGUCUCUUCAUUUGUGGCAUCGAUUCUCGUCGGUCGAGUGGUUCCGAUUGAUCUCUCGGAUGGAAGCGGAAUGAAUCUUUUGAACGUUAACACCAGAGAUUGGGAUUUUAAGUGUCUACAAGGUUGUGCUCCUCCCGGAACAGAUGGACAAAAAUUUGCUCAAGAACUUUCAAAAAAACUUGGAAAUCCAGUGGCAACAGACUCGAUCAUUGGCUCAAUCUCCCACUACUUUUCUGAAAGAUACGGUUUAGAGAAAAGUUGUUCAGUUUUAGCCUUUACUGGUGACAAUCCAGCUUCUCUUGCUGGAUUGUGUGCCGACGAGGAUUCUUUGGUGCUUUCAUUGGGCACCAGUGAUACCGUUUUCUUCUCAACUCCUGAUCCAAAUUUUUGCCUUGACGGACACAUAUUUGUGCAUCCCUAUCGACCGAAUGAGUUCAUGGGAAUGGCUUGUUUCAAGAACGGAAGUCUGACAAGAGAACGAGUUCGAAAAGCUCUUGGAUUAGAAUGGGAUUCAAUUGGAGAGAUUUUGAAUAAAACUUCAGCUGAAAAUGAUGAAAAUUUAGGCUUUUAUUACGAUCUCAAUGAAAUCGCGCCACCGAUUAAAGCUGGAGACUACAGAUUUAAUGAAAAAAGUGAACAAGUGAAUAGUUUUUCACCAGAAGUUGAGAUUCGAGCUGUCUUAGAAAGCCAGUUCAUCUCAAAGUUGGUGUACGCGAGGAGAUUGGGCUGGAAAGGGAAUGAAAGUUUAGGUAGAAUUCUGGUAACCGGUGGAGCAUCAGAAAACGUGAGUCUUCUCCAGUUGAUCGCCGAUGUUUUCCAUUUGCCCGUUUACACGAUCUCUGUUCCACACUCGGCUGCCCUCGGGGGUGCUUUAAGAGCAAGAUAUGGUUCUUCAUUGACUAAUGUUAGCUCAACUCCUCUUCACAAGAUUUUACGUAAAAUCGAGCCCCAGAAUGUGAAAGAUACCUACAAGAAAAUGGCUUCUCGAUAUGAUUUUUUAGAAGAAAAACUUCGAAAAGAGCACUCUUAUCAAGAU